AUGUGGUACUCAAUAUCGAAUUUACUAGGUUUUGGGGCUGAUUUUGGUCCAGCAACAGCAGCUGGUCGUUUAUUAACAAUCGGUUUAUGGAUGCUUUCUUUAAUAUUAAUAGCAACAUACACGGCACAACUAACAUCAUUUUUAACACUGAAAGCUUCAAAAUCAACAGUAACAGGAAUAGAUGAUAUCAAAAAUAACAAAGUACCCCACAGUCGCAUUGGCAUUGUUGUAGGCACAUCAGCUGAAGAAUAUUUUCUGAAAACAAUAUCACAAGGGAGUACAAAUUAUUAUCAUUUGUCAACAACUCAAGAUAUAUUUAUAAAAUUAUUAGAUGACUCAAUUGAUGUGGCUAUAGCCAGCGGAGCAUCAGCUAUAUAUGCAAUUAAUAACUUGUACUGUAAAUUAACACUUAUUGGUGAACUAUUUUACGCAACAUCGAUUGCAAUUGACUUGCCCAAACUUUGGAAGUAUAGACAAAGUUUAGAUGUUCAAAUAUUACAAUUGACAGAAUCUGGUGAGUUAGAAAGGAUAAGUGCAAAAUAUUUUAAUACACUGAGUUGUGGGAGUAGCAGCAGUGACGAAAGCAGCACUAAGAGAAUGGAUGUUCAGUCAUUGGCUGGUUUAUUUCUUACAUAUGUUUGUGUAAGUAUUGUUGCAAUUUUAUUACAUUUAUGGCUGAAACUUAAAAGGCAUUUAUAG